AUGUGGGUAAUCGACGACCUCAAAACUGCCUUCAGCCAGUGGCCACAGAGUGGCAUCUCUGUUCUCGUUGUCGGUGGCGGUUUAGCUGGACUCUCCUUCGGCAUUGAGGCCACCCGAAAAGGCCACAAAGUCCAAAUCAUCGAAAGACGCCCCGACUUUGACGACUUCGGCGAUCUGGUAGGCGUCCAGUCCCCGGUACUCCACACCAUGAACCAGUGGCCUGGCUUUGUCGAAGAGAUGAAGAAGACCGCAUGGCCCGCCUUCAACCACUACAAAAAGUACGACGGCACCCCGAUCGGAAUCUUUCCAAUCGGAGACCCGGACCUGCCCUCUAUUCCCCUGAACAGACUGGUCUUCCACGCACUCCUACAUAGGUACGCAACAGACCUGGGUAUCCCGAUCAAGCUCUCGACCGCGGCGGUGGAGUACUUCGAGACAGAGGAGCAUGGGGGCGUGCGCCUCGCCGACGGCUCCACGAUGACGGCUGACCUGGUCGUCGCCGCGGACGGGAUCGGGUCGAAGUCUCGGUUGUUGGUGGUCGGCAGCAAUGACCGGCCGGUGAGCACCGGGCUUGCCAUUUAUAGGGCGAGUUUCCCAGUCAAGCCUGUGCUUGAGAGCAACCCGGUUCUCGCGCGAGAGUUUGAGGGGUUUGAUCGUCGAGUUUCUCUGCAUAUCGGUCCUGGCGCUCACAUUCUGAUUGGGAAGUUGGAAGAUGAUGUGUGCUGGUUGAUGACGCACAAGGACGAACGGCCCGCAGAUGACCCCAUCAUGGGGACGGCAACGGUGGCAGACGCCCUACCUCAUGUUGAGGGAUGGACGCCGGUGGUCACCGAGCUCGUCAAGGCAACGCCAACAAAGAACAUCGUGGACUGGAGACUCAUGUUCCGCGACCCCCAGACGAGCUGGGCGUCCCCCGCUGGCCGGGUGGUGCAGAUAGGAGAUGCGGCCCAUCCGUUCCUCCCGACUUCGGGAAGCGGCGCUACUAUGGGCAUCGAAGAUGCCUUGUCUCUGGCCGCGUGUCUGCAGUUGUCUGGGAAAGCCGACGUCCCCUUGGGAGCGAGGGUCCACAGUCGCCUCAGAUUCGAGAGAGUUGUCUGUGCGCAGAAGAUGUGCUUCAAGAUCAGCGAAAAGUACCACAAGACGGACUGGGAGGCCGUGGCCAAGAACCCGAAGCUGGUCGGACGCGCGGUCGGCGACUGGGUGUUCCGGCAUGACCCUGAGCAAUAUGCUGUGGAUAAUUACGGCAGAUGCGUCAACCACCUCAUCGCGGGCGCUUCGUUUGCGAAUACCAACAUGCCGCCUGGCUACGUAUAUAAGCCGUGGACGGUGGGGGAGAUGUUGCGGGCUUCCGAGGCUGGGCAUGAGAUUGUUGAUGAGGGAGAUUGGAGUUGA